UGCACCUCCCUUCCGGUCGGCCCCGCUUCCUUCCGGUUCUCUAAGGUGGGCGGGCUUCAGUCUCCUCGCCGCCGGAAGUGUAUCUCUCGCCGGGGCCUGUUCGGAGUGCUGCGCGGUCUCUGCUGUUUCCUCUGACCUCACCAACCAACCAUGUCUUCAGAAUCGAGCAAAAAACGAAAGCCCAAAGUGAUACGGAGUGAUGGAGCUCCAGCUGAAGGGAAGCGUAAUCGUUCUGACACUGAGCAGGAAGGUAAAUACUACAGCGAGGAAGCUGAAGUGGACCGGCGGGACCCUGGCAAAGACUAUGAGCUGUACAAGUACACAUGCCAGGAGUUGCAGAGGCUCAUGGCCGAGAUCCAGGAUGUGAAGAGCAGGGGAGGCAAGGAUGUGGCAGUUGAGAUUGAAGAACGCAAGAUCCAGAGCUGUGUGCAUUUCAUGACUCUAAAGAAGCUUAACCGGUUAGCCCACAUCAGGCUGAAGAAAGGGAGAGACCAGACCCACGAGGCCAAGCUGAAAGUAGACGCCUAUCACCUCCAGCUCCAGAAUCUGUUGUACGAGGUGAUGCACUUACAGAAGGAGAUCACCAAAUGUCUGGAGUUUAAGUCAAAGCAUGAAGAAAUUGAUCUGGUCAGUUUAGAGGAAUUUUAUAGGGAGGCUCCUCCAGAUAUCAGCAAGGCUGAAAUCACCAUGGGGGACCCUCACCAGCAAACUCUUGCACGUCUGGACUGGGAGCUGGAGCAGCGGAAAAGGCUGGCAGAGAAGUACCAAGAAUGCCUGUCCAGCAAGGAGAAGAUCCUCAAGGAGAUUGAGGUGAAGAAGGAGUAUCUGAGCAGCCUCCAGCCUCGUCUCAACAGCAUCAUGCAGGCUUCCCUCCCAGUGCAAGAGUAUCUGUUCAUGCCGUUCGACCAGGCUCACAAGCAGUAUGAGACAGCCAGACACCUGCCACCUCCCCUCUAUGUCCUCUUUGUCCAGGCCACUGCAUAUGGGCAGGCCUGUGCUCAUAUGAAAUCCUCCCAGCCCCCUAGACAGGAUAAGAUGUUGUCUGUGGCGAUUGAAGGCAGUGUGGACGAAGCCAAGGCUCUAUUUAAGCCUCCCGAGGACUCCCAAGAUGACGAGAGCGACUCGGAUGCUGAGGAGGAGCAGACCACGAAACGUCGGCGACCCACACUGGGAGUUCAGUUGGAUGACAAGCGCAAGGAGAUGCUGAAGAGGCAUCCGCUGUCCGUCAUGCUGGACGUGAAGUGCAAAGAUGACAGUGUGCUUCACCUGACUUUCUACUACCUCAUGAACCUCAACAUCAUGACGGUAAAAGCCAAAGUGACAACCACUGCAGAGCUGAUCACCCCCAUCAGUGCAGGUGACUUGCUGUCCCCUGACUCAGUCCUGAGCUGUUUGUAUCCUGGGGAUCAUGGAAAGAAAACUCCGAAUCCAGCCAAUCAGUAUCAGUUUGAUAAAGUCGGCAUCCUAACUUUGAGAGACUACGUACUUGACCUGGGUCACCCCUAUUUGUGGGUUCAGAAGCUGGGUGGCCUCCACUUCCCCAAAGAGCAGCCCCAGCACGUGGUGAUUGCUGACCACUCGAUGAGCGCCAGCCACAUGGAGACCACCAUGAAACUGCUGAAGACCAGAGUGCAGUCCCGCCUGGCCCUCCACAAACAGUUUGCAUCUCUGGAACAUGGCUUUGUGCCAGUUGCCAGCGAUUGCCAGUACCUCUUCCCUGCAAAGGUUGUCUCUCGCCUGGUGAAGUGGGUGACAAUUGCCCAUGAGGAUUAUAUGGAGCUGCAUUUCACCAAAGACAUUGUGGAGGCAGGACUGGCUGGGGACACCAACCUCUACUAUAUGGCACUCGUGGAAAGGGGCACAGCCAAACUCCAAGCUGCUGUGGUGCUGAACCCUGGCUAUUCCUCCAUCCCACCUGUUUUCCAGCUCUGUCUGAACUGGAAAGGGGAGAAGACCAACAGCAACGAUGACAACAUUCGGGCCAUGGAGAGUGAGGUCAACGUGUGCUACAAGGAGCUGUGUGGUCCCCGGCCCGGCCAUCAGCUCCUGACCAACCAGCUGCAGCGCCUGUGCGUGCUGCUAGAUGUCUACCUGGAGACCGAGAGCCACGACGACAGCGUGGAGGGGCCCAAGGAGUUUCCCCAGGAGAAGAUGUGCCUGCGGCUUUUCAGCUCACCAGCUGUGCGACCCUGGAAGAGGCAGUGUCAGCUCAGCUCUGAGCCUGUUCCCUAAAGGCUGAAGUGGAAGUAUUGGCUCAUGAUGAAUUGGAGAUAAUUCAUGUAAACAUGCUUCAAGAAUGCUUCCAGGCAUAUUCAGGGGCUCAGAUAAUGUCAGCAGAUGCUGACAGCUUGGUGUUCAGCGUGUUGGUGCUCAAGGCACUUCUGGCUGCUUCUCCUUUCCCUUUGGUGUCUGGUCUUUUGUUCUCUGAAGAGUCAGUUUCAAAACUCCAGAGUCCACACUGCUCAGCCACUCCUUCCUUUUUUGGCAAGGGGUUUGGAGAAGGGGAAAUGGCUAUAAUCUGUUUCUAAGGGACAUUCCCCUGUUCCCUGGUAGUCUAAAAUGUUCCUUACCUGCCCCUAACUUUAGGCGGCCAGUCCCAGCCCGGGAAAGCUGUCCGAGCAUCCUUCCGCCUCCAUCUGGCAUCUCCACCUGGCCUGGUUCUUUUUGCAACCUGAUAAAUAACCAGCUCCAGCCCCUGAGUGGCUGCUGAGAGGCAGAGCUGGCAGCCAGAAGUUGGUGCCUUUUAGGACCUGCUCUCCCUAGUGGGUCUGUGUGAGACCUCAGGCUCUUCCCACCCUCCCAGCCUGCUGGACAUUUCCAGGGUGAGAGCUCUCACUCAGCCAGUGUUGAUUUUAUCUGAGGUUCCCAAAGGACCUAUUUGCUGAAGUGCCUUGUGUGUUGUGCCUCUCCUCUGUCAAGGCAUUCUGGGUAGGCACUUCUUUGGCUACUCAGAUAGUUAGCUCCAUGACUGGUGAGAUGUGAUGUUCUUGGCCUGGAGUCCAGCUGACUGCUGGGAUUGGGCCAGCAGGUUGGGUUGUAAGUGCUAGCCUGGGCAGCAGGAGCCCUGAGGUCUGGUCUGCCCACGGCUGUGUACCUUCAGGCCGUGGGUUCUCCAUCAUACAUGUCGGGGUGACGCUGCGCCCUUGUUGGAAUGUGUAUGAUGUCAUGAUUAUGAACAAAGCUUUUGGGGACGGAAAGACCUAGGUUUUGAUUGCAGCCCCUACCUGUGUGGUUAGGAUCUACGUUUAGCCCUUCUGACCUCAGAUUCCUCAAACAGAAUCCACUCAAGUGUUGUUGGGAUAAUAAAAUGAAACCAGAUGAAGUGUGUAAAGUGCCAAGCAUGGUGCAGGCAGAGGAACUCUUCACUUAAGUGGUUGCACUAGUGUUGGAAUAAAAGCCUUUUUUCUCCCUUCCUCUCUACAGUCACACACACACACUAACACACUCACUCCCUCUGACCAAGAUCCUGGGUGUUGCCUCUGGUUACCCCUGAAAGUUGAUCAUAGGCAGGCAGACAACAGAGGCCCUUUAGCUGUCACUCACUGUGCAGUGUGGAAGAGGGCGCUUUGUGAAGUUUUGCUUGGGGGCCCAGGAUGACAGCUGGAGCACCUAGCUCCAUGGGGUCAAGGCUUUGGCCACGGUGGUCAGCCUGCCUGUGGUCACAGGCUUUGGAGUCAGACCUGGCUUUGAAUUGGGGUCUGCUAUUUUCUGACGAUGAAAUAUUGGGCAGAUAGUUUACCUCCCAGAGCCUGUUUCUUCAUUUGAAAAAUCUAUAAAAUGAUAGAAAUAGCAUCUAAGAGUUAAUAAGUUUAAAGCACACAGCUCUUGGCAGGCACUUAAUGCAGAUUCUUUUCACUCCCAGACUCCUACCUGUGUGGGUAUAUCCCUGCAAAGGAGGAUUUAAAUUUCUUCUAUUUUUUUUUAUUAUAGAAAUAAAACAUGUUUGUUGUUAAACAGACAAGCAACAACAACUGAGUAAAACACUAAAAAGUGAGGGUGCCCAAGCCCUAUCCCCAAAAGUGCCCAUUGUCAGUGAUGGCCCUUCCAGGUUUAUAUGCGUGCAUUUGCAAGAAUACAAAGACAUUUUUACAAAAAUGGUUUCACACCUUACAUAGAAUUCUGCAGUCUACUUUUCUCACAAUGUUCCUUUCUUUUCCCCUAACAGCUACAUAGUUUUCCUCUGUGUGGUUGAAUUGUAAUUUAUUUUAUCAGCCCAAAGGGCAUGGUGUUAACUUUUCUCUCUCCUCCUGUUUCUCUAGGGGUCCCAGCAGGAUGAAGCCGUUUAAAUAUAA